AUGGAUGUCAGUGAGAGACUAAUAACGUUGUACAUGCCUAUGUAUAUAACUGAAGGCUCUGAUACAUCAUGUGGGUACUGUAAGGGCAAGAAGAAGGAUUCCAGUAAGUAUUCUGUUAAUUCAUGGCAGUAUCAUUAUCAGGAACAAUUACCAGAGUCUCAGCGCGACGUGAAUAAUAUCUCUAUCGGAAUGCAAGUGGAGCAGCUAACGGUAGAAAUGUAUGAUAAUAUGUGCAAUAUGGGAUUUAGAAGAUCUGGAAAGCUCAUUUACAAGACCGACAUGUUGCGAAAUUGUUGCAGAUUAUACACAAUCAGAACUAAUUCAUCUAUGUUUAAAAUAUCUAAGGAAUUAAAGACUUGCGUUAAGAAGUUUGUGAAAAACAUUUCUGAUAACGGCGACUCUGAGGUUCCAUCCGAUGCUGUCAAUGGUUUUGAGAGCUCUGAAUAUCGGUUUAUUAACGAUAUUGUCAACGCUGAGCUGAAUAGCAAAUCUUUUUACACAAGAUUCGAGCCGGCUAUCUUUACCAAGGAAAAGUACGAUUUGUAUGUACGGUACCAGCGAAUAGUGCACAAUGACGUUAGCGGUCUAAAACCGAAAGCAUUUGAGCAGUUCCUCUGUUCAUCACCCUUUCCCAAUAGCAUCGUUCAGGGAAAUUCAGAAGAGUGGCAGGAACUAAACGAUUGGAGGAUGCUCAAAAAGGAUCAAACGGUUAACAGAUUAGGCCCUGCACACGAGUGCUACUACCACAAUGGGAAGCUUAUUGCCGUUGCUGUGUUGGAUUUUCUCCCUACAGGGUUGUCUUCAAUCUACUUUAUAUGGGAUCCUGACUACAGCAAGUGGUCUCUUGGGAAGAUCAGCGCUCUCAGAGAAAUGGCUUUAAUCGAGAAGAUUCACAGGCCUUAUUAUUACAUGGGCUACUAUAUUGAUGACUGUCCGAAAAUGCAAUAUAAAGCCAAGUACGGUGGCGAACUUCUGGAUGUUUGCACUAAUCGAUAUUUUCCGUUAGAUGAAGUACGGCCGUUUAUUAAUGGCUCCAAGCUCUUUGUAAUGCAUGAGUUAAAAGAUGAAAAGCCAAUUCGCGAACUGCUAUUAAGCUUCAACCCUGGGGAACGUGAAGAUGUCGAAGGCCGUAAUAAUGUCAUAGAACACAUCUACGGUAAAAAUGGAGCGGCCAUAGAAAAUGCAAAUAGUACAAUUUACCAGCUUCAAUCCAGAGGAAUUGCAUACCCUCUCCAGCCUCCUUUUGAUAUUCUUUCAGUCGGUAAAAUAGAUCACAAAAAUUCGUUUUUUGACGUACUCAACCGCAUAGGAUACUCUGAUAACCAUUACAACUUUCCGGCAAUUGUACCGGGUCUCCUGCCACUCUGGCAGUUAAUGGAGAUGUUGCAAAACGGGUCAAUAAAAAAAAUUAACAACAAUUUGAUGCUUUUAAACAUGGUUACCGGCCAACUACGUGCUGUUAGAGAUUUUGACAAAGAAAAUCCCUUUAUAAAGCAGAUAAUAUGCAAUGUGAUACGCCUAAUUGGUCUUGAUAACACUGCUAAAGCCCUCAUCAUCAUUUAG